AUGUUCGUUCAACUGCGCCGUGUGGUGUACCUGUUGGUACUACUGUACCUCUGUGCGUGUACGGUCUGCGCCACCAGUGACUCGGGAAGUACGGCAAAUCCAGAACACAGUGGGGAUACAAAGGAACCUGAUGGGAGUAACCCGCGUAUUACAGUAAAACGCAUGGUGCAGUUGAAAGGAGAGGCGGAGGAGUUUCUCGUGGAGGGAAAGGGUUGUCUCUCUCUUUGGGAAGAGGAUUUGGUGUCGAGCAGCAAAUCACUUUCGUUGGUCAAGAAAGGAACUGAAGAGACAACAAAGCUAGUUGAGGAAGUCGUGGAGUUGGUUGAGGACGCAAAGGAAUCACACGAUUGGGUUGGCCCACAGGAGCAGAUAUACGAUCAGCUGGACGAGGCAGGGAAAGCAGUACAACAAACCGGUACGGCAGCCGACGAGGCGAAGACAUCAAUCGAAAGGGCGAAGAACGAGCAGGGGCUUUGUCAGACUAUACUGGGUGGCGUCGAAAAAGUGGUGAGUAAACUUGACGAAGCCAUAACUGCUUUUGAAGGUCUCCUUAACGAAAAGAAUGGUCGUGAAGAGGAGAAGAAGACCCUCGAUGGAGAAUGCAGAGAGAGGAAAGAGGCGUUGGUAGGGUACAAGGAGAAGCACAAAAAUUUGAUCUCGUAUACCGAGGGCAAUGCAACUGAGGCCGAGGAGCAGCUAAAGAAGUCGAAAGAAGCAAUAAAGGCUGCGGGGGAGAAGCUGAAAAAACUCCACGAACAAUUGAAAGAAUUGGAGGAAAAAGAAACGGACAGUCAAAAACUCGUAAAAGAUAUAGGGGAAGAGAUCGACGAUGUUGUGAAAGUGAGUGGGGAGGUGAAACGAAAGAUUGAGGAAUUGAGUUCGGCGGAGGGAACACAAAAAAAAAGGGAUGCCACGCUUACUGAAGCCAAAGAAAAAGUUAAGAGU